AUGGAAGAUAGGAAAGCGAAAGGAAAAGCCGUUAAAGGGUCUGCAGGUUUUUCAAGUGCAGGAGAGGAUCUGAUAAGCAAAUUACCAGACUCCUUGAUAUCUCAGGUGCUCUUGUAUAUUCCGACAAAGGAAGCUGUUAGGACUAGUGUUUUGUCCAAUCGGUGGAAAAGGGUCUGGCUUUUGAUUCCUGAGUUUGAUUUGGACUCUUCUGAGUUCUCAGAUUACAAUGCCUUUGUGAGAUUUAUGGACAGGCUCCUAGGUUUCUGUAGGAAAGAGAAUUCAUGCUUGCACAAGCUCAAGCUAAGUAUUAGGAAAGAUGGGAAUGAUCAGUCUUGUGUCACUCGUUGGAUAGACUUUGUGGCUACGCCUAAACUUAAGCAUCUUGAUGUUGAGUGUCCUCUUGUGAAGCGUGAGUGUUUGGAAGUGAUGCCGUUAAGCCUGUAUGUCUGUGAGACACUUGUUUACUUAAGACUCCAUCGUGUAUCGCUGGUUAGUUUCGAGUCUGUUUCGUUACCUCGUGUCAAGACUAUGCGUUUGGAAGAAAAUGUAUUUGCCAAUGAGGCGGGUCUAGAGUUGCUUAUCUCGUCUUGCCCUCUUCUUGAUGAUUUGAGCAUUGUUAGAAGGUCAGACGAUAUCGUAAAGGUUGUACGAGUGCGUUCUCAGACACUAACCAGUCUCAGUUUAGAAGCUGCUGGUUGGGAUGAUGAUGAUGAUGAAGGUUUUGAUCAUGAAAACUCGGGUGUUUUGAUUGAUGCACCUAGACUCAAGUAUCUGAAUUUCGAAGAUGAAGUCUCGCAUAGUAAAAUCAUAGGCAAUCUAGGUUCCUUAACCAAGGUCAAUCUUCUUGGCAGUUUCUAUCUGUGGGAUGACUUACAAAGACGUAACUUUUUCACCAGUAUCUCGGGAGUUAAGGAUAUGAAGAUCUUUUGGCAGACUUCUAUGAUCAUGGGCACUAUCUUGCCAUUACCCCAAUUUCGCAACCUGUCCUGUCUGGAAGCAGGGUUAUAUGUAAACUGCCUGCAAAUUCUGCCAGCUUUUCUUGAAAGCUUUCCGAAUCUAAAAUCCCUAACCUUGGUUGUGCUUUAUUCCAGCCGGACGGAAGAAAUAAGGCUCUCGUUGGUGCCUCAGUGUUUGCUGUCUUCGCUCAAGUUUGUAGAGAUAAAAGGCAUGUUCUGGGGAGAGCCUAUAAUGGAAGCAGCAAGAAGAUACGAGGGAUCUCCUUGCAUUGGCGAGGCGAUCGGGCACGUGUCAAAUCAUAGUUUGUUGACCGUUAAAAUGACUCUUAAGAUUUCGAGGUUUGCAACCGGAUUUAAUUGGAGGAAAUCUUUCAAAACACUAAACCCUUCAGCUCAAUUUGCGAUGGAGGAAAGCUUUUCGAAAGAGAAAGGAAAAUGCGGCGAAGGGUCUGCGGGUUUCUCGAGUGGAGGAGAGGAUCUGAUAAGCAAGUUACCAGACUCUUUGAUAUCUCAGAUACUCUCGGAUCUUCCGACAAAGGAAGCUGUUAGGACUAGUGUUCUGUCCAACAGGUGGAAGAGCCUCUGGCGUUUGAUUCCCGUGUUGGAUUUGGCCUCAUCUGAGCUCCCAGACUACGAUGCCUUUGUGAGUUUCGUGGACAGGUUCCUAGGUUUCUAUAGGGAAGACAAGCCCUGCUUUCACAAGCUCAAGCUAGUUAUUCAGAAAGAUGAGGAUGAUCAGCAUUGUGUCACACGUUGGAUAGACUUUGCGGCUACGCCUAAACUUAAGCAUCUUCAUGUUGAUUUUGGUCUAUUGCCUCGUGAGUGUAUGGAAGUGAUGCCGUUAAGCCUCUAUGUAUGUGAGACACUCCUUCACUUAACACUCAAUUGGGUUUCGUUGGGUAGUUUUAAGUCUGUUUCAUUACCUCGUCUCAAGACAAUGCGUUUAGAAGCAAACAUAUAUGCCAAUGAGGCAUCUCUGCAGCUUCUUAUCUCAUCUUGCCCCGUUCUUGAAGAUUUGAACAUUGUUAGAAGGCCAGAUGAUAAUGUAAUGGUUUUACGAGUGCACUCUCAGACACUAACCAGUGUCAGUAUGCGAGUUGGUGGUGGGCAUGAUGAUGAUGAGGUUUAUAUUGAAGAUUUUGAUUUUGAAGGCUUUGCGGUUCUGAUUGAUGCCCCUAGACUCAAAUAUCUGACUUUCGAUUAUGAACUAUCGCCUAUCAAAGUCAUAAGCAAUUCAGGUUGCUUAACCAAGGUCAGUCUUCUUGGCUGUUUAUGUCUGUGGGAUGACUUAGCAACGCGUAAUUUUGUCGCCAGUAUCUCGGGUGUUAAGGAUAUGAACAUCUGUUAUGAUACCUUUGAGAUCAUUAAGAGUAUCAUGCCAUUACCCCAAUUUUGCAACCUGUCCUGUCUGGAAGCAGCGAUUUUACCAGACUCCCUGGGAAGUCUGCCAAAGUUUCUUGAAAGCUUUCCUAAUCUAGAAACCCUAAUCUUGCAUAUAUGUGAUUGCUCUUUAACUUUGAAGGAAGAAAUAAGACUGUCGUUGGUGCCUCAGUGUUUGCUGUCAUCGCUCGGGUCUGUAGAGUUAAAAACCUCAUGCUGUGGAACGCCUACGAAAAUGCAAGUAGCAAGGUACUUUGCAAAGAACGCUGUAAUGCUCAAGAAACUGGUUUUGCAUGUGUCUACGUUAGAAGAAAAGUCCGUCGUCUUAAGGGAUCUCCUUGCAUUGCCGAGGCGAUCUAGCACGUAUCGUCUCUACUAUAAAUCUCCAUACGAAAGCUCUGUCUACGAAAACCCUACCUUGGAAGUGACGAAAGACUCGAUUAAACCGAGCUCUUGCAACGAAGCAAUUCGAGGUUGUCCGGGUCUUAUAGAGGAAAGUUUUUCGAAAAAGAAAAGAAAAACCGUCAAAGGGUCCGCAGGUUUCUUAAGUGCGAGAGAGGAUCUGAUAAGCAACUUACCCGACUCUUUGAUAUCUGAGAUACUCUCGUAUCUUCCGACAAAGGAAGCUGUCAGAACUAGUGUUCUGUCCCGUAGUUGGAAGAAUCUAUGGCUUUCGAUGCCCGUGUUGGAUUUGGCCACUUAUAGGCAUUCGGAUAAAAAUGCCUUGCAUUGUGUCACGCGUUGGAUAGACUUUGUGGCUACGCGUAAACUUAAGCAUCUUGAUGUUGAGUUUGGUCCUGUGAUGCUGCGUAUGGAAAUGGAAGUGACGCCGUUAAGCCUCUAUGUAUGUGAGACACUUGUUUACUUAAGACUCCAUCGUGUGUUGUUGUGUAGUUUUAAGUCUGUUUCAUUACCUCGUCUCAAGACUAUGCGUUUGGAAGCAAAUGUAUAUGCUAAUGAGUUGAUUUUAGAGUUGCUUAUCUCGUCUUGCCCGGUUCUUGAAGAUUUGAGCAUUGUUAGAAUCCCAGAUGAUAAUGCAAUGGUUUUACGAGUGCACUCUCAGACAUUAACCAGUCUCAGUGUUGGAUAUCCUACGAAUUGUUAUCUUUAUUUUGGUUCUGAAAAUCCGGGGGUUUUGAUUGAUGCCCCUAGACUUAAGAACCUGUGUUUCCAAGAUGAACAAUCGCCAAGUAAAAUCAUUAGCAAUUCGAGUUCCUUGACCAAUGUCAACAUUCUUGGCGAUUUCGAUCUGUGGGAUAGUGCUGCUCAAGAAGGUGGCUUACAAAAGCUAGACAUGAUCCGUACUUUCUUCACCAGCAUCUCUGGAGUCAGGGAUAUGAAGAUAUCACGUGAUGCUUUCCAGAAUGUAAAGUGUGACGGGCGUGAAGAAAUAAGACUCUCGCUCGUGCCUCAGUGUUUGCUGUCUUCGCUCGAGUUUGUAGAGAUAAAAUCCGCAACUUUUAAAGUGCCUUUUGGGUUGAAACUAGCAAGGUACUUUGCAGAGAACGCUGUAAUGCUCAAGAGACUUGUUAUGCAUUCGAGAUUUAAUUCUGUUCGAGAAGAAGAUAUCCUUGCAUUGCCGAGGCGAUCUAGCUCGUGUCAAAUCGUGUAUGUUUCUGAAUAUUAA